AUGAUAAUUGAUACAACAGAAAUAGAGACUAUCAAUUCUUUUUCCAAAUUGGAAUCCUUAAAAGAAGCCUAUGGGAUCAUAUGGAUGCUUGUCCCUAUUUUGACUCUUGUGUUAGGAAUCACAAUAGGUGUACUAGUAAUUGUUUGGUUAGAAAGAGAAAUAUCUGCGGGAAUACAACAACGUAUCGGACCUGAAUAUGCCGGCCCUUUAGGAAUUCUUCAAGCUUUAGCAGAUGGGACAAAACUACUUUUGAAAGAGAACCUUAUUCCAUCUACAGGAGAUACUCGUUUAUUCAGUAUCGGACCAUCCAUAGCAGUAAUAUCUAUCUUUCUAAGUUAUUCAGUAAUUCCUUUUAGUGAUCACCUUGUUCUAGCCGAUCUUAGUAUUGGUGUUUUUUUAUGGAUUGCCAUUUCAAGUAUUGCUCCCGUUGGACUUCUUAUGUCGGGAUAUGGAUCAAAUAAUAAAUAUUCCUUUUUAGGUGGUUUACGGGCAGCUGCCCAAUCAAUUAGUUAUGAAAUACCAUUAGUUCUAUGUGUGUUAUCAAUAUCUCUACGUGUGAUUCGGUGAGACCUAAAAUUUCUCCAAAUUCUUUUCUUUCUAGAAACUCUAGAAACAAGGAUAAAAAGAUUUGAUUGACUAUAUAUAUUUUAUAUUUUAAUUUUUCUUCAGCAUUUGAGUUGAUGAACUAAACCAGAUAGUUAUAUGAGUGAAAGAAAACGGCUUCUAAAUUUGCAGUAAAAAGGUUGAGUCUCAUUUCCUAUGUAC